AUGCCUUCUUUCGACCUUUUCAAGUACUCCAAGACUGCUCUCGCACUUUCAGAAGAUUCGUUGCAUGAGAAGCUCCAUCAUGGACAAAUAGAAAGCUUACUUGGAGAAGAGCAGCUCCCUGACAGGCAAAAGUAUGACCGGUCGCAAUGGAAGACAGUUACGCUCCGAGUUUGCGAAAUAGUAGUAGUGUUGGUGUGCAUCCUGAUGUUUGUACUCGGGCUGCGCUGGCAGCUCAAUGCAAACCAGCAUUGCCUCGAACUCCAAUCUUUCUAUUCACCCGUAUUGAACCAAAUCGACAAUCGCUACAGAUUAGUGCAAUUCAACGGCUCCCUAAACUGGCCAUCGCCAUAUCGCGGCCACCCAAGCCCAGAAAUCGACGCUGAAUGGAAGAAACUGGAGUCACUAUACCCUGGCAGCUCCACCCUUGAAGAAGUGCUCCUCUCGGGCGGCACAGCAGACGACGUGCGUCUGCCGGAAGAACUUGGCGGUGGCUACAUGACAUCGUUCGAGGUAAUCCAUCAGCUGCACUGCCUAAACCUCAUCCGCAUGGCCACCUACUUCGACUACUAUAAAGACAAAGCGAUCGAAUUCACCGAUAAGCCGAGAACAGUGCGCUUGCAUAUCGGUGAUUUCUUCCCCUCCUACCCUAUCCCAGCACUGUUUCUUGCCUACCUGGAAGGACCUCUCCGCUGA